CUAAACUUCAAUUUGUAAACUGUCGCAUAAACUGACAAAUCAAAAAAUCAUAAAUAAAUUUUACAAAAAUGUCUUCAGUACUUGUGCCUGAAAUUCCCGCCCCUGGUUUAUCCUUCGACAAUUGUCAAAGGAAUGCAUUCUUAGUUAAAAAAGGAUUCCCUAUGCCAAAGGCAACCAAAACCGGUACAACAAUUGUUGGAAUUGUGUAUAAGGAUGGCGUUAUAUUGGGUGCUGAUACCCGGGCUACAGAAGAUACUACUGUUUCCGAUAAAAACUGCUCCAAAAUUCAUUAUAUUGCGAAAAACAUGUAUUGUUGCGGAGCUGGAACAGCUGCUGAUACAGAAAUGACAACUGAAAUGAUUGCAUCCCAAAUUGAGCUACACUAUUUAAAUACUCAACGUGUGGUUCCCGUUGUAACCGCCAGCCAAAUGUUAAAACAAUUCUUGUUCCGUCAUCAAGGGUAUAUUGGUGCCGCUUUAAUUCUUGGUGGAGUUGAUAACGAUGGUCCACGUCUAUACAGUAUUUUCCCACAUGGUUCCACUGAUAAAUUACCAUACACAACGAUGGGUUCAGGAUCAUUAGCCGCCAUGUCAGUGUUUGAGUCACAAUGGAAGCCAGAUAUGACUGAAGAGGAAGGUAAAAAAUUAGUGCGGGAUGCAAUCGCAGCUGGUAUUUUUAAUGAUUUAGGAUCUGGUUCAAACGUGGAUUUGUGUGUGAUUCGUAAAGGAUCUGUUGACUAUUUGCGUACAUAUGAUGAAGCGAAUAAGAAAGGACAACGUCAAUCAUCGUAUCGUUAUAAGAGAGGAACAACUUCGGUUUUAGCUUCAAAACAAUUGAAAAUUGAUGUUGAAGAGUUUGUAACAAGAAUUACGCCCGAACAGAUGGAUACAUCUUCUUAAAUUAAUUCUACAUUUUUUUCCUGUAUUUUGAAUUUUUUUCU